GCUCCCCAUUUCUGUCAUGAGGGGGCUGUAAUUUCCCGGGAUGCGCGCUGUUUAUAAGCCAAGUGAUGACGCCGCAGAGGAGGUUUCACCAACUGGACUUCUUCUUCUUGUCGAUUUCCUGUUGGAAACGAGAGAGAGAGAGAGGGAGAGAGAGAGAGGGGGGAAAGCGGUCCAGCCAGAUAACGCUCCUCAUAUAGCCGGGACACUGAGCUCUUUUCAGACGCAUCUCCAAGUCAAGCCUCCGGAGAGAAACCAGCUCUUGUUUCUGCUGCGCGCCGCUCCUCCGUCAGGACCCACCCCGAGGUUUGGGACUUCGCAUUGAAAACACUGAAUAAGUGAACAACGAAGAUGCUGCUGCCUCUGGCAAUCCUUCAGCUCCUCUUGGCUCCAGCACUAUCGGGGCCCGGUGGGGAUUACUGGGAGCCAUGGAGCCCAUAUGGAGAAUGCAGUCGUACCUGUGGCAGUGGUGUGACUGUGAGAACAAGACGCUGCAUCACUCAGAGGACUGACGGAGGACACAACUGUGUGGGGCCAGAGAAGUCCUAUCGCUCCUGCAACAUCCAGGACUGUCCCGAGGGAUCAAGGGAUUUCCGUGAGGAGCAGUGCUCCCAGUUCGAUGGGACUGACUUCCAGGGCAAACUCUACAAGUGGAUGCCAUACUAUGGAGCUGAGAACCCCUGUGAGCUGAACUGUAUGCCCAAAGGAGAGAACUUCUUCUACCGCCACCGCAGUGCCGUUGUCGACGGCACGCCCUGCCACCCGGGACGCAGGGACAUCUGUGUGGAGGGAGUCUGCAAGCGUCUGGGCUGUGACAACAUGUUGGAGUCACCUCAGCAGGAGGACCCCUGCCUGCAGUGUGGGGGCAACGGCCAGUCCUGCUACCCUGUCAAGAAAACCUUCUCGGUGCGCGACCUGCCCACCGGCUACAACCAGAUGUUCAUCAUCCCCGUUGGAGCCACCACCAUCAGCAUCAGAGAAACCGUCCCUACACGCAACUACCUCGCUAUCAAGAACCUGCGCGGAGAGUACUACCUCAACGGUCACUGGGUGAUCGAGUUUUCCCGUUCCACAACUGUUGCCGGCACGACACUGUACUACCAGCGCGGCGCCGAGGGCGACAACGUCCCUGAGACCAUCAUUGGCCGCGGCCCCACCACUGAGCCCCUCGUCAUUGAGCUGAUCAGCCAGGAGCCAAACCAAGGGGUGGAGUAUGAGUACUACCUGCCAAAUGGACGCUCCAGAGAGGGCUACUACUGGAGCUAUGGAUCCUGGUCUGCCUGCAGCAAAGAGUGUGGAUCAGGUUACCAGUCUCGUCUGGUCUUCUGUGCCAUCGAUAACGAGGCCUAUCCCGACUACCUCUGCGCCUCUCUGCCACGGCCACACAGCAACCGCACAUGCAACCCCCAUGCAUGCCCACAGACCCGCAGGAUGGCGUACCUGUAUCCACCACAGUUGUGGAAGUCGUCAGAAAGACCCAGAGCCUAUUUAUUCAGCUGGGAAACUGGGGAGUGGAAUACCUGCUCCGUCUCUUGUGGCGGAGGCUCCCAGAUUCGCAGUGUGCAGUGCGUCUCUCGCGACGCCUCAGGACCUCGGGUGGUGGAAGACUCCAUUUGUGCCGCUUAUGCCCAGGCCCCCCCCUCUCUGCAGACCUGCAACAUGCACAAGUGCGCUGAGUACCAAGUGACUGGAUGGAGCCAGUGCUCAGUCACCUGCGGUUCAGGAGAGCAGACCAGGGAAGUGACUUGUGUGGGUGCAGGAGGCGUGAAGCUGGAAGAAACCGCCUGCAGCAUGCUGGCCCGCCCCACCGCCAUCCAGCCCUGUGAGAUGGCCCCCUGCUCCCAGAACAUCAUCAGCUGGCAUGUUGGACAGUGGGGACUGUGCUCCAGAAGCUGCAGCUCCGGCUUGCGUGAACGUCAGCUGAUCUGCUCAGACCAGCAGAGGAACACGUACCCUGAGGAGAAUUGCAGCGCCCAACCCAGACCUCCCACUGUUGAGAGCUGCAACAGCCAGCCCUGCUUCAUGCCACAGUUUGUGCCAAGUGUGCAGGAGCCAAGAGGACACGACAGCACCCGGACUGAUUUCCGCCCCUACGUGCCAGGCCGUUCCACAGUCCGCAGGCCAGAGACAGUGGACAUGACCCAGACAAACACGGUCCACGACCCUCACAGCUCCGCCCCUGCCGCUCACUGCAGCCAGUCCUAUUAUGGCUGCUGCCCAGACGGACGCACGGCAGCCCGGGGCUCUCGUGGCCAAGGUUGCCCACGGGGCUCCGCUCCCACCCGUGUCCAGCCCUCCUGCACUCAGACCAGCUACGGCUGCUGCCAAGAUGGCGUGACGGCCGCUCAGGGCCCCAACAGUGAGGGCUGUCAGGAGUACGUGGCCCCUGCACCCACAGCUGCUCCAUCUCUUCCCACUGAGAACGCCGUGCAGUGCCGCAUCACCACCUAUGGAUGCUGUUUUGACCGCACCACGCCUGCAGAGGGACCCGACGGGGAGGGCUGCCCAAACCCCCCCAGCCACAUUGAGCGCCACACCUGCUCCCUGCCUCGUGCUGCCGGCUCCUGCAGCGGCUGGACUGCACGCUACCACUACGACGUCAUCACUGCGAAGUGCUUGCAGUUCUGGUAUGGAGGCUGCCAUGGCAACAACAACAACUUUAUGACCAUCGCAGAGUGUAAGAGGGCGUGCCAGCCUGCUGCACCCAGGCAGCAGGGGCCGGCUACCUCUGGAAGGGCGACCUCCAGAGGCUCUGCAGGCUCUGGAAGAGCCACAUCAGGAAGGUCUAGAGCGGGAGGGUCCACGUCUGGAGGGUCCACCUCUGGAGGGUCCACCUCUGGAGGGUCCACAUCUGGAGGGUCCACGGCUGGCCGUGGACGCGACAUGGGGAGAAUUUUCACCGUCCAGGCUGGCUCAGCCCCUACUGGCAGACAGGCCACCAGCGGCACCACCGCUGCCAUGCUUGCCCACAGGGCCAGAGUCCAAAUGCAUGCCCGCCGGCAUUCACAUGCCACUGCUGCACAGCACACCGGCCCAGCAGCAAGUUUCACCCUGGGCGGAGUGUCCAUCGACAAGACCGACCCCGCCAAGGUGGAGGCUGUGGUUGGCCAGACGGUCGUGCUGCCCUGCAGAGUCAGCCCGCCUCCAUCCUCCACCAUCACAGUGGAAUGGAGACGAGACGGCAUCCCUCUCUCGACUCACAGGCAUCACCAGCAGCCCAACGGCUCGCUGUUAGUCGGUCCCAUCACCAAGUCAGACUCUGGCUGGUUCCUGUGUUUGGCCACUCGUGAACGUGAGAGAGACCACCGCUACAUAUACCUGUCCGUCUCAGAAGGAUCUCGGUUCAUUCCAACCCCACCACCACCUGGAGAUGGUCCAUCACCGAGGUUCAGCAUUGAGCGGUCGGGCUCGUCUCUGCUGGAAAUGCGGGCGGGACACACGGCCAGGCUGCCCUGUACGAUUGUCCCACCGUCUGCGCUCGCAUCCGUCAACAUUCAGUGGACCAGAGACGGCCAGACGCUCUCUGACUCCAGAUUCACGCAGCAUUCAGACGGCACGCUGACCGUGGAGCAGCUGAGCUCUGAGGACUCGGGCGUCUACACCUGCACAGCCUCCACUCCCCAGCAGCUGGAGCAGAGGCAGCUGCAGCUCAGAGUCCAAGCGGACCUGAGGAUCACCACGGCUCCCAACAACAUCCAGGUGUCUGAGGGCAGCAGAGCCCAGCUCCCCUGCGUGGUGUCAGGAGACAAUGUCAAUGUCGGCUGGUCCAGGAACGGAGUGCCGGUGCGUCCGGACGGCCGUAACGUGCUCAUGCUGUCUGACGGCAGUCUGAUCCUGAACAACGUGCAGCCUGCAGACGAGGGAACGUACACCUGCAACGCCUACACCGGCAUCUACUCUGUGAGCGCCACGGCUGAAGUGAGAGUGACCAAAGACACACAGCAAGGAGGGGAUCUUCCUCCAGAAUGCGUGGACCAGCCCGAGCUUGCCAACUGCGAGCUGAUCGUUUACGCCCGGCUUUGCUCCAACUCGUACUACUCCAGUUUCUGCUGUGCCAGCUGCACCAGGCACUCUCAGAGGAGCGUCAGGUCUGGCCAGCUGGGCUGAAGCCAUGGCGGGGCUUUAAGACUGCGGGAUUAGACGGGGGAGGGCGGGGGUCAGCGUUUGAAACCUCUUGAGCCAUUUUCUUAUCGAGGACUGCAAGUUUAGAAUCUGGGCUUUGGACUUUGAAGCGCCAAAAGGACUCUGGAAACCCUGAUCUGACCAGGUUGAGUUACACAACACCAGAAUUCAUUAAAAAGGGACGAAUUCUUUAGGUUACAUCUGAGGAAUAAGACUGGUGUGUGCUUUGUGUAGGGUGUUAUUUGUACACUGCUGCGUUGAACAUUACCCCUGAAUUAGGACAUAUAAACUGCGUGCCUUAAAAUUCACAUUUCAUAUCAAGCUAUUAAAGGAACACUUCAACAUUUUUCCGACUUACCCAGAUUGAGACAAGAUGUUGGAUACCAUUUUCACUUCUGUAUAUCCUGUGGUUUGGUUCCAAUGGGUAGCAUUUUGUGUUAGCUUAGCAUAAAGACUUGAAGUCUAUGGGAGUCAUUAGCCUCAGUCCGUCAAAGUGAAAAAAUAAAGCUCACAACGGGCUUGUUCCGAAGCUUGUUCUGUGUAUUUCAUGUUUGAAAUACACAUCUUGGAAUUGAAAAAAAAAAAAAAAAAAAAAAACUUGUGCAACGAUAGGCGGAAGGAUACAUGCGUGCCUUGGU